AUGCUGUUGGUUAUAUUUAUCGACGACACUCGGCCGCGCGUCGAUAGCGACGGAGAAGCGUGGGCUGGUCGCCGGGAGCGACGGAGAGGCGUGGGCUGGUCGUCGGGAGCGACGGAGAGGCGUGGGUUGGUCAUCGGCAGCGACGGAGAAGCGAGCGACGAGCAGGCGUGGGUUGCGUCGUCGGCAGACAUAGACGCGUGGUUGGUCGUCGGCAGCGACGAGAAGGCGUGGGUUGGUCGUCGGCGCGACAUAGAGCGUGGUUGGUCGUCGGGAGCGACGGAGAGGCGUGGGUUGGUCGUCAGGAGCGACGGAGAGGCGUGGGUUGGUCGUCGGCAGCAACAUAGAGCGUGUUGGUUCGUCGGCAGCGACAGAGAGGCGUUAGGGUUUCUGUCGUCGGCAGCGACCAGAGAGGCGUGGUUGGUUCGUCGGCAGCCGACAGAGGGUGGGUGGUCGUCGGAGCCGACGGAAAGGCGUGGGUUGCGUCGUCAGGAGCGACGAGAGGCGUGGUGUUGGUCGUCGGCAGCGACGGAGAGGCGUGGGUUGGUCGUCGGGAGCGACGGAGAGGCGUGGGUUGGUCGUCGGCAGCGACGGAGAGGCGUGGGUUGGUCGUCGGGAGGCGAUGCGAGAGGCGUAGGGCUGGUUCUGUCGGCAGCGACGAGAGGCCGUGGGCUUGCGUCGUCGGCAGCGACGGAAAGGCGUGGGUUGGUCGUCGGCAGCGACGAAGAGGCGUGGGUUGGUCGUCGGGAGCGACGGAAAGGCGUGGGUUGGUCGUCGGCAGCGACGAAGAGGCGUGGCCGUUGGUCGUCGGCGAGCGACGGAAAAGGCCGUGGGUGGUCGUCGGCAGCGACUGAGAGGCUGUGGGUUUGGGUCGUCGGAGCGACGGAAAGGCGUGGGUUGGUCGUCGCGGCAGCGACGAAGAGGCGUUGGGUUGGUCGUCGGAGCGACGGAAAGGCGUUGGCGUUGGUCGUCGGCAGCGACGAAGAAGCGUGGGUUGGUUGUCGGCAGCGACGGAAAGGCGUGGGCUGGUCGUCAGGCAACGACGUGCAGAGGCGUGGGCUGGUCGUCGGGAGCGACGGAGAGGCGUGGGUUGGUCGUCGGGAGCGACGGAGAGGCGUGGGCUGGUCGUCGGGAGCGACGGAGAGGCGUGGGUUGGUCGUCAGGAGCGAUGGGAGAGGUGUGGCUGGUCGUCGCGCGAGCGACGGAGAAGCGUGGGCUGGUCGUUGGCUGCGACGGAGAGGCGUGGGUUGGUCGUCGGCAGCGACGGAGAGGCGUGGGCUGGUCGUUGGCUGCGACGGAGAGGCGUGA